UCCAUUGACGAUGCAGCCACGGCGAGAACCGCGCAGACUCAAUGCGCCUCGACACGUUUAGCGAGACGCGCACUAUAUAUACAAGUCCACUCAACACAUCUUUCUCACUUUAAAGUAACCACCACUGUCACCACACAACUGUAUUCGUGGGGGGGAAAAAGGAGGACGGCGGGGCAUCGCGCCAAGCAUACGCGGCAACCAACAACCAACCACCGCAUUGGGUCUCCUCUACACAGUGAAGAUUUUUGUGUCCACGUCCUGACAUGAAGCUCAAUUUACUUGCUACCACCGUGAUUCUGCUCGUUGCCUUCCUCCCGCGCCGCGAAUGUCGGGCUAUUGAGAGCCCCGCUGGAGCCCCGCGCCUCCCGGCUGCGCAAAGCCCGAACGUCCAGCAAUUGGAGCAGCAACAACAGCAACACAGGUCGCCCUCGGGUCCCAUCCUGGAACGCCUCGGGGAGGAGUACUUCAUCCGGCUGGGCAACGGCGACUCAAACUAUUUCCCCCCUUCGUCCAUGUACCCCCUGGGAGCCGGUGGGCUCUUGAACCGGGCGCUGCAGCUCCAGUUGACUCGGCGGAUUUUGCAAGGCAAAGUGGGCAACGUUCGAGGCGGCUUCAAGAAUGGCGACGAGGGGGACUCGGUGGAGCGGGGACGCCGGUCCGAGGACCCGCCCAUAUCCCUGGACCUCACCUUCCACCUGCUGCGGGAGAUGAUGGAGAUGUCCAAGGCGGAGCAGCUGGCCCAGCAAGCCCAGAACAACAGAAGAAUGAUGGAGCUCUUCGGGAAGUGAAGACCAAAGACCCUUAAAUUCACACUUAAAAAAAACUGUAUUUAUUUAUUUAUUUAUUGCUGCUUUUAUCUCGCUAUGAUUCACAGCUCAAACUGGAUGUUAAAAUGAUGUGGAAAAAAAACUUUGUAUCCCAGAAAAAAAGUUGCUUUUUAUGUACAUAUGACAUUUUUGUUUGUUAAUAAACUGAUGUGAAAGCAGUCAUGUGCAGGAGAAUAUCGUGUGUAUAGCCAUAUAUUUUCUAAUAAUAAUAAAAAAAAAAACCAACUACACUCAAAGAACGGUUUUACAUUUCUCUGUGGAAAUCUGUACAUGCUAUUGUAAUAAUCCCCUUCAAAAGAUUUAAAUGUUACUAAUAUUCUCAGAUAUUUGAUGGUAAAUAUGAUAAUCCAGUAAUAAAGUGAAGGUCAAGUCAUUUUGUCUGAAUACUUUUGAGCCCCGUGUAUUGAAAAGGCUGUAAUUCCGAUACGAUCAUCUUUCAGACUACACUUAAAUCAUACUGAUAAUUUUAAUGUGGAAUAAAGGCAAAAUAUGUCUGUCUGGAUAAUAAUCAUAAAAAAAAUAUCCAACUUAAAAUGACUUCUAUAUCACAAAUACUUCAAGAUAUUCAAAGCUAAAUAUGGACUUGCUGAUGAAUAAAUAGUACUAAAGUGACGGUCAAAGUCCAAAAAUGGCUGUAAUUCCUUGAAACCUGAAAAUUGGAUCUUUGGAAAUUCUCACAUGGAAUAUUGGCAA